AUGGAAUCUCCCAUCCUCAUCCUAGACGGCGGCCUAGGCACGUCCCUCGAGCAAAAGUACGGCUGCACCUUUGACCACACCACGCCUCUGUGGUCCUCGGACCUGCUCGUCUCCGAACCGGCGCGGCUCCGCCAGUGCCAGGCCGACUUUGGCCGCGUGCCCGUCGACAUCCUGCAGACGGCGACCUACCAAGUCUCCGUGGCCGGCUUCGCCAAGACCCGCGACCCCGAGGCUGCCGCCGACCAGCAGCAAGGCAUCCCGCGCGAGCGCAUCCCGCACUACGUGGACGCCGCCGUGCGCAUCGCCCGAGAAGCGGCGCCGGCGCCGACGACGCGCCUCGCGCUCAGCGUCGGUCCGUACGGCGCGUGCAUGCUGCCGUCCAGUCAGGAGUACACGGGCGCCUACGACGCGGACUUGUCCUCCGAGGCGGCGCUCUUCGCGUGGCACCGCGACCGCCUACAGCUGCUCGCCGCCGCCGCCGCCGCGGGCCCGGACAUCAGCUUCGUGGCGCUCGAGACGGUGCCGCGCGUCGACGAGCUGCGCGCCAUGCGGCGCGCGCUGGCGGCCACCCCGGCGCUCGCCGCGAUCCCCUCCUGGACGUCCUGUCUGUUCCCGGCCGGCACGGACGAGGACCCGCGGAUGCCGGACGGCAGCGACGCCGCGGCCGCGCUGCGGGCGAUGCUGGACCCUUCGGUGGCGGCGCCGUCCGGGGGCGUGGGUAUCAACUGCACGAGGGUCGGGCGCAGGCUGGACGUGCUGCUGGAGAGGUACGAGGAGGCGGUGGCGGGGCUGCUGCGCGAGGGGGUGGCGGAGCGGUGGCCGGCGUUGGUCCUCUACCCAGACGGCACGAAUGGCGAGGUCUACGACACGGUCACGCGGACGUGGGUGAUGGCCGAGGAGAUGGGGGAGGGGAGGGGGGUGUCGUGGGCGCAGCAGCUCGCGGAGACGGUGAGGAGGACGCGGGCGAGAGGCCGGUGGGCGCAGAUCGUGGUCGGCGGAUGCUGCAGGGCCGGCGCGGAGGACAUUGCGGCGCUGCGGGCGGAGCUGCUGUAA